AUGCCACCUCCAACUCCUCCUUCCCCCUCCUGCCUGUUAUCUCUUCUUCCCCCUACCCUGUCUCGUUCAAUGCCGAUGUCGGCAUGUACGCCGCCGGCGCCGUCUGUCCCCGAGGUCGGCGACACCUCUUCUGUCUCCAUCUUUGAUGCAGAAGCCCCUCCGCCCGCCAUCUCCCCCUACCGCAUCUCAUCCGGCGCCGACACCGGCAAGUACGUCACCGGCAUCGUCCGCCCCCUGAUUCAGCAAUGGCUCUCAUGCAGCAGCGCUGGCGCCCACCAGCUUCACCUCCUUCCCAUGGAUGCGCUCCACGUCCGUCUAAUUCGAGUAUGA